AUGUUGAAAAGCAGAAUUUUCAGAGACAGAAGAGUCUAUCAGCACUUUACGACUGAAGAAAUUCGUCAUGCGAAGAAAUAUGGGAAAUUCUACCACCUUGGCGCAUUUUGUGGACUGAGUGCAUUCGGCUACUUCACCUUCAAAUAUGUCGAAGAAAAUCAAGAAGAAGCUCACUUUGCGAAGCGAUAUCCGGAUCCGAGUUUGAGUACAGAAGUGCAGCAGAUUUUGAUUCCGAAGAUGAUGGACACAAUCGCCAGAGAACGAAUUUGUAAGAAACAGUAUCAAGCUUUUGACGAAUGCGUCAAUGAUCAUGGCGAUCCCAAUCGAUUCAACAACAAAGAAGAGGGCUGGCUAAAGAAAUUUUUGGAGUUCACUGAAGGAAAAGGCUGCCAAAAAGAGAGAGACGCAAUGCACGAGUGCUCCUUAAAAUGUCUUUACGAUGAUGACCUGUAUUUCGAAGCCAAAGCUGAAUAUGUCCGCAAACGAGAACUCUUCCGCGAAGCCCAAGUUCCAUAUGAAAACGCAGAAUAUAUUCUCGAAUCUGUCAAAAGAGGCCAGAAACUUUACUACACAGGGCGCGUGUGGGACCAGCGAAACUUUCAUCCCGACACGAUUCAAUUCAUAAGAAAGCAUGCCAAAGAAAAUGGAACGUACGAUGUCUACUUCAACGAAAACGACGAAUUUAUAAACGAGCGAGAAGAAAUGCUCAACACAGAAAAGCCUCGGCAAACGGCGAAAAGCAGAAUCGAAGAACUCGAACGGGAAAUUUCAGAAUACGAAACGCUUCUUCAAAAGAAAACCGAGCAACUGCCACCGAUUCGCUUUAAGACUUUCAAAGUUUUAGACGUUCAUGAUAACCCAAUCGUUGUUGAUAAUGAUAAUUCUGCGUUUUCGAAAAUUCAAGUUAAAAAAUUUCAAUAA